AUGCUUGAGCAUGGCUUGCUGCCCACCACCAAUCACCUUCCAGCAAUAGCAACAAGCGGUUCCGGAACCAAUGAAUCCGUAACUAACCCACUAGAACGACAGCAGCAACAACAGCAGCAGCAGCAGCAGCAGCAGCAGCAGGAACAACAGAUGAUGAUGAUGACAACGGCAACGCGGCGUAGAAAUAGGCCACAACAACAACAACAACAACAGGUUGAUCAAUUAAUGCUCGAUUUGCCUAAAAUCAAAAUUGAAAUAGGAACUGAGCAACCCACGCAACAGCAGGAGAAGCAAUCCGUAUUGUUGCCAUGCACGGGCAAUAGGGCCUCAUCUACGUCCAUAUUAAAGACUUCGCUGCUGAGUGGAGCGGCCGCCACUUUGGCCACUCUGACAGCAGCAGCCGAGCAGAUAGCACGGUCAGCCACAGCCACAGCAACUGCUACAACCAUGGCAACAGUUGCAAGUGGCACAGCAGCAACAAUCAUCAGCAAUAAUACUUGCAAUGUGGGAAUUAUAAUGCCUUUGACUGGCAAGGCGGCGGCACUUAAUCAACAGCAAUACAACAAAAACAGUUUAGAAGAGAGCAAAAGACUUGACCAUCAACAGCAACAGCAGCAGCAGCAGCAACAACAGGAGCAACAGCAACAACAACAACAACAACCACAACAGUAUAGAUCUAUUCUACAAACGGCCCUAAUGUCACAACGUCCUCUGCCAUCAGCAACAGUUUCGAUAGCAACAACAACGGCAACAUCAACUCCAAGUUCAACACCAACACCAACAAGGACAACCACACCAACUCCCGCUCAUGUGCUGAAAACGGCUGUGACAUUGGCCAGUUUGAGUGAGAUUGCCACUGCACGUCAGCAACAGCAACAGUUGCUGAUAUUGCAGCAACAGCAACAACAACAACAAAAACUGCCCAGAAGAAUAAUCAAUUUUAAUAGCAACAACAACAGCAACAACAACAUUAACAACACUGGCACUGGAUUGGGAUUGGGUAUAAGAACAGCAAUAGCAACUACUAUCAAACCAAUUGCUAACGAGUUGCGAUCAUUAAGCAGCAAACAACAACAACAACAACAGCAGCCGCUGCAGCAGCAACAUCAACAACAUACAAAUCCCGUGGCAAAUGGUAAGCAGAAACAAUUGUGAACUUUGUUAUCAAUAUAACAUUGUCCAUCAAUUGUCGUCACACAGCAAGGACACAGCCAAUCAUAAGGCUGCUUAAUGGCAACUGUUGCCGCAUAGUAGCAACAUCAAUAGCAGCAGCAACAGCAACAGCAGC